AUGAUUGCUAACUCAGAUCCAAGCCUAGGGCCUGGAUUAAGAAUUCUGUUGGUUCAGUCUGGGAUGAGUUAUGAUGAUAAAAGUUGCAGUCGGAUGGAGCUUGUGUCCUUAGUGGGAAGCAAUAUGGCUGAUAGUCAGAAUUCACAGCUGCCUCAUGAUUUGGGAAUGAAGCUCGCACUGCUAGUCACAGGAGUUGAAUCGGAAGGAUACUAUCAUGGAAGUGAAUUUUGUCUGCAUCGGUUUGAUGAGCCUGCUGGACGCAUAACAGAUCCUAGGAGUCGCUGCCGAGCUGUUGCUGUAGCAACCGUUGUAAUGUGGCUCGAAAACCUAACAGUGCCACUGACUUUAGCAGGCAGAUAUUAA